UAUAGCUAAGAUUCUUUAAACCAUAUCAUAUACAAGCUCUAUAGCUAAGAUUCUUUAAACCAUAUCAUAUACAAGCUUUGUAUCAUCAUUUUCUAUUGUCGACAAUUCGUAAUUUAGCUUGUGGACUAAUCUUUCAAAUAAAAAUGGUAUUUACUGGAUUUGGUGGCUGGGUCAGUCAAAACAAUAAACAGCCUCGAAAGGCCAAGCCCAAAAAAACUGAAAAUGUUGAAUCUAAGUCAGAGUCAGAAAUGGUGGAUAAUAAUAAUAACCAUGAUAAGAUGAAGAAAUAUUAUGACGAAGAUGAGAGGAAGAAACAAGAUCAAGUUUGGAUAGAUGCAGAGAAGAUGCAUCCAUGGAAUGAUGCCCCUCCAAAGGUGAAGGUGACAACAAAAAAUGGUCUUUGUCAUAUGAACAUAGAAUUGACAUUGGGAUUUUCUCCAGAUAAAGUCUUCGGAUUUUUUACUAAUCCAUCCAACGGACCAUUUUUUCUCUCCCCACCUCUUUUUUCUUAUCAUUCAUUGUAUUAUUCAGAUGUGGUAUUAAUUGUAGCAAGACUUGAGAGUGUACUCUAUUUUUUUUUAUGAAGGAAAGCAAAUCAAGAAAGGUUUUAAUGGAGGAUGGACCGAGGCAGAUCGCGAAGGUGAAGAAAACCGUGGACUGGAAAUUCCUUGGGUCGUCUUUUGCUGUCCCCAUAAGUCUAAUUGUCGAUGAAAACAGAAAAGAUCUUACAGCAAAAUAUAAGAAAAAGAAAAUGAUCUUGAUGAAAGUUUUCGAAGGUAGCUAUAGAGUGGAGCCACUAUAUGUAGAUUCAGAACGCUUGUGCAAUAACAUGGAGCCGAAGAGUCCGGCAGAAUACAAAAGAUGUAGCGGUGGACAAGGAAGGAUUGCAUCAAAGGUGACAAUGAACCAAUACUUUAAGCCAUAUCCUCCUUUUAAUCUGCCGCCACUAUCUUGGUACAUUCGAAAGGUCACCAUCAAGAACACCAAAACUGCGCUGAAAACACUUCAAACUUGGGGUAUAAACCUUCGAAAUCCAGGUGCAGUGACUUCAACAGACAAAUAUGGAAACGUAACAAUAUCACCAAGAAAAAAAAGAAAAACAACAAACAUUGAAAACACUAGGCUAAAUGAAUAUACAUAGAUAUAGUAGCAUGUUGUAAAUUUAAUAUAUUCUUCCACAUAUAAAUUUCCUAAUUUCAUAUUUACAAAUUAUGUUCUAUUCCCUCAUUUCAUUUUAUACACUUGCUCUUUAUUAGACUUAAUCUAUUCUAUCACGUCAUGCGCGCCAUGCAUGGUGACAUUGUGUGGCUGUGUGCAGAUCCACCUAAACAUUUUACACACAAAAAUUUUACUUGUACAUUAAAUAGUAUUUCUAGUUAUAGGCCUCUAUCUUUUUCAAAAUAAACACUGUCCAUA